UCGAAGUAAUUCCAAUUAUUUUGAUAUAUAUAAUUGAAACUGCGAAAUUAUCUGUUUGGAGUUUUGCAGGUUUGGCAAUCGUCGUAUUGUCCUCGAUCUGCACGAAAGACAGCAGGUCGGCUCAAUUUACCGAAUUUAUAAUUUGAGUUCGUGCAUGUCCUCGAUUUGUUCCUUUCUGGACGAGGCCCUCGAUUUCUCUGCCAUUUACGCGUGCUUUUAAGUUGGUGGCGGUUCAUUAGCUUUUGAGGCUGCUGCUGAAUUCAACUUGUCUGCUAGCCGAGACAUUCGUAAUCUGGAAAAAAGAGUUUUGGAAGAUUUUGGGCGUUUGUGUUUUUCAGUUUUUUUAAAAUGAACGGAGUUGAGGUUCAAUCAAUGAAAGAGAUCAAUACCCACAUCACAAAUUCUCCAGGUGAAGAUGGAAUUGAGUUACCCAAUGCUUCAAGACGAGUGUUACAAGAAUUCAAGAAGCUAUGGCUUCUUUCAGGGCCUGCAGUACUCGUCAUGCUCUUCAACUUUUUGCUCUCUGUUGUUUCCCAAAUGUUUGCAGGUCACCUUGGAGAGUUAGAAUUAGCAGGGGCUUCCAUAGCAAAUGUUGGAAUUCAAGGAUUUGCCUAUGGAGUUUUGAUUGGAAUGGCAAGUGCAGUACAAACACUGUGUGGACAAGCUUUUGGAGCCAAGAAGUACAAAAUGCUUGGAAUCAUAUGCCAACAAUCUAUGCUGCUGAUGACAGUCACUGCUAUGCUUCUCAGUUUACUCUAUAUUUUCGCAGAACCUGCAUUGCAUGCCAUUGGGCAGAAUGAAGCAAUAGCUGCUCAGGGAGCCAUCUUUGCAAAAGGGCUCAUUCCUCAAUUGUUUGCCUUUGCUCUGAGUUGUCCCUUGCAGAGAUUUUUAAUGGCUCAGAAUAUACUGGCUCCUCUUGCCCAUAUCUCUAUAGCCACUUUUCUGCUGCAUGUUCUUCUAAGCUGGCUAGCUAUUUACAAGCUUGGGUUGGGCCUGCUGGGAGCUUCAUUAUCCUUGAGCUUGUCAUGGUGGAUUCUCACCAUUGCAACUCUACUUUAUAUACUGUGGACUCCAAGAUGUAAAGAUACAUGGACUGGCUUUUCAUGGAAAGCCUUCACAGGGCUCUGGCCUUUCUGCAAACUGUCCAUGGCAUCAGCUAUCAUGCUAUGUUUAGAAAUAUGGUACAGUCAAAGUUUAGUUCUCAUCUCAGGGCUAUUGCCUAAUCCGGAGGUUGCAUUGGACUCCCUUUCGAUUUGCAUGAAUUAUUUGAACUGGGACAUGCAAUUAAUGUUGGGUAUCAGCGUUGCUGCAUGCACAAGAGUUGGUAACGAGCUUGGGGCUAGGAGGGCCAAAGCUGCAAGUUUUUCAGUUGUAGUUGUUGUGUCCACCUCCAUCGUAAUCAGUGUCCUCUUGGCCAUUGUGAUAUUAGCACUUCACAAAUAUCUUGGCCACCCAUUCACAAGCAGCACUGAGGUCAUGAGAGCAGUAUCUUCCAUGACACCAUUACUUGCAACAUCUGUCUUUUUGAAUGGUGCCCAACCUGUUCUUUCAGGUGUGGCAAUUGGAUGUGGGUGGCAAAAAUUUGUUGCAUAUGUCAAUCUCUUCUCUUAUUACAUUGUGGGUUUGCCAGCUGGAAUAUUGUUGGGUUUUGUAGCAAAAUCAAGAGCGAAGGGACUAUGGUGGGGUAUGAUCAGCGGAGUUGGACUGCAGACAUUGAUUCUCUUGAUUUUUACAGCGCGUACAAACUGGAAUAAAGAGGUUGAAGGUGCUGUGAAGCGUCUUAAGCUUCCAGGUAAGCAGCCAUCUGGUGAAGAAGGGGAAGUGGCUUCCUCAAUUUAGGGUCAUCAUUGCCAAAUGUAAUUAUGAAGGCUAUUAAUUUCAAACAUGGCAAGAAAAGAAUUAAUAUCUUCUUGCCUGUACACAAUGAAUUAUUGAAAUUGUAUCCCGACUUCUUUUUAUCCA